ACAGAAGAUAUUACGUACUCGAUUGGAGCGCUGCUUUCGUUGCCAGAAAUACAGGAAUAUACUUGUAUCUAAAACCUUUCAAGCUUAAUUAUCUGUGGUUUGGUCUAUUUUUGUUUUGGUCACGAAUUUCUACGAACUUUCUUUCUAAUUUGUAAUUUCAAUAAUAUCAAUACUAUUACGUAUUUUGUGAGAGAGUGGAAGCGUUCCUAUUGAGAUGGUUGUGUGGAGCUCGCUGUGUAAACUAACUCCAAGAAUUGCGUUUCACGGAACCAGGAAUAAUGUGUUGCAGCGUUACAUGAGCAACGAGUUUCGCAUUCAGCCUUCGAGAUGGCAGUGGCACAAGUUCAAAGACUACCUUCAUUUCUACGUGAUGGUGGGGUUGAUCCCCAUUGGACUGAUACUGGGGUACAGCAACAUCUUUGUUGGGCCAGCCACGCUUGCAGAGAUCCCAGAAGGAUAUGUACCUAAGUAUUGGGAAUACUAUCAACAUCCAUUUACAAGGUUUCUAGCCCGUUACUGUUUUCCCAUUCCUCAACAAGAGUAUGAAAAAUUUCUUCAUCACAUAUAUGAGGAAGAAGAAAAGAGGCAGUUAAGGUUACUGCAGAAGAAGAUACUUCAGAAAAUGGGUGAACGUGGAGAUUAUCAAGGGUAUUACUACAGACCAUACACGGAAGUAAUUAAAGGACGCCGUGUUAAUAAGGAGCUCGAGGACGAGCGUAGUAAGAAAGCUGGGAAUUCUGAUUUUGUUGAGUUCUAAAAGCUCUACAUUUUUGUAGAUAUUUUAUUCUUAGCUGAAUUUAUGAACUUAAAACUGUUUAGUCAGGUAUUUGUAGAUACAAGCUGCUUAAUAAAAUUUGUUUUGUGUU